CACGUCCACUCACAAACCACGCAGGAAACCUCAGAAAAUCACCGUACGCGACGCGGGCCCAAGAAAACCCCGACAGAAACCGCGCAGCAGCAACACCACCACCGGCGUCGGAGAUGGCGUUCCGGCUGAGCAACAGCCUGCUCGGGAUCCUGAACGCGGUGACGUUCCUCCUGUCGGUGCCCGUGCUGGGCGGCGGCAUCUGGCUGGCGACGCGCGCCGACGGCACGGAGUGCGAGCGCUACUUCUCGGCGCCGGUGAUCGCGUUCGGGGUGUUCCUCCUCCUCGUCUCCCUCGCGGGCCUCGUCGGCGCCUGCUGCCGCGUCAACUGCCUCCUCUGGUUCUACCUCGUCGCCAUGUUCGUCCUCAUCGUCGUCCUCUUCUGCUUCACCGUCUUCGCCUUCGUCGUCACCAACAAGGGCGCCGGCGAGGCCGUCUCCGGCAGAGGGUACAAGGAGUACAGGCUCGGCGACUACUCCAACUGGCUGCAGAAGCGGAUGGAGAACAGCAAGAACUGGAACAGGAUCAGGAGCUGCCUCCAGGACUCCAAGGUCUGCAAGAAACUGCAGGACAAGAACUGGGAUCGGACCCAGUUCUUCAAAGCCGACCUCUCCCCGCUCGAGUCCGGAUGCUGCAAGCCACCCAGCAGCUGCAACUUCCUCUACGUCAGCGGCACGAACUGGACGAAGGUGCCCACCAACUCGUCGGACCCGGACUGCAACACGUGGGUCGACGACGGCACGCAGCUGUGCUACAACUGCCAGUCGUGCAAGGCCGGCGCGGUGGCGACCCUGAAGCGGGACUGGAAGCGCGUCGCCGUCGUCUGCAUCGUCUUCCUCGUCUUCAUCGUCAUCGUCUACUCCCUCGGCUGCUGCGCGUUCAGGAACAACCGGAGGGACAACCGCGGCGCCUAUCGCGGUGCCGCGUGGAAGGGCGGAUACGCCUGAUUUCAUUCGAUCGAUCGAUCGAUUUGCACGGCGUAAUUGAUUGGCAUGUUCAUGCGAUCAUGUCAGAUAUCUGUUCAUAGGCUUAGCUCUGAUAUUCUAGCCCUGUACAGGCGAGAUUAUUCUGGGUUCUGAUCAUCUGCUUGUUACUCUUUGAUCAGGAGUAGUAGGUUUCUGUAUGCAGUUCUUUGAUGCAACUUAGUUGCACCCUACAUCAUAUUUGUACUCGAUCGGAUUUAUUUCAUAUAUGUAAUAUAGUAUUCCUUUUUAUUUGUUUUUCA